CUUACCUGUCGGGCGGCUCAGUUCGAGUUGGAUCGUGCAGCAGUAAGUACACGCGUCGUGGCAGUGCGUCGUCGUCACGAUCGCGACGAAGGGACGUUUCCGUGUGUGUGUGUGUGUCGGUGUUUUUAAAGAGAGAGAAAAAAAGGAAGAAGGGAGAGUGGGUGUUUGGGAGCUGGCACAGUGAACGAAAUUGAUGGACUCCCCGCAUGUACCCCAGGGCACCCAGUGAGUGAUGUUAGGGAGCGUUUUUUAGGCAGGCGUCCCGGAACAGUGCCCCAUACCAGUCAACCCAACCAAAACGCAACCGAACCAGCCGGGAUAGCAAAGGUUAACGCCGACGUGUCCGCCUCCUGCCGGCCAGUUCCAUGACCAAGCAAUCGGCAAUCAAACUGCUCAACAUGGUGGCGAACGGACGCAAGCGACACUCGUCGAUCAACGAGCAGCAGCUGGUGCCGCUCGAGCCGCCACCGGGCAGCUGCCUGUCGUCGCCGACGCCGCCGCCGCCCGCCGGCUCCGGCACCGGCCGCUGCUAUCAGUCGUCCCUGCGCAGCUACAGCAAGUGGUCGCCGACCGAGCAGGGCGCGACGCUCGUCUGGCGCGAUCUGUGCGUGUACGCGACGGCCGGACCGGCCAAGAGCGGCGGCUGCGGGGGCGGGAGCGGUCCGCCCGGCUGCCACCGGCCCACGAUCAAGCGCAUCAUCAACAACGUGAGCGGUGCGGUCACGCCCGGGACACUGAUCGCGCUGAUGGGCUCGAGCGGUGCCGGCAAGAGUACGCUCAUGUCGGCCCUCGCCUACCGUACACCCCCGGGAACCGUCGUCCAGGGGGACAUCCUGGUGAACGGGCAGCCGGUCGGGCCGUACAUGUACCGGCUGAGCGGGUUCGUGCACCAGGACGACCUGUUCGUCGGCUCGCUGACCGUGCACGAGCACAUGUACUUCAUGGCGAAGCUACGGCUGGAUCGGCGCGUCGGCCACCGGGCGAUCGACCAGACGAUACGGGACCUGCUCGAGCGGGUCGGGCUGGCCCGGUGCGCCGGCACCCGCAUCGGCGAGGCCGGCGACGGCAAGAUGCUGUCCGGGGGCGAGAAGAAGCGGCUCGCGUUCGCGACCGAGCUGCUGACCAAGCCGACGCUGCUGUUCUGCGACGAGCCGACGACCGGCCUGGACUCGUACGGUGCGCAGGCGCUGGUGUCGACGCUGCAGCAGCUGGCCCGCCGCGGCACCGCGAUCAUCUGCACGAUCCACCAGCCGUCCUCGCAGCUGUUCUCGAUGUUCGACCAGGUGAUGCUGCUGGCGGAGGGCCGGGUCGCGUACGCCGGCCGGCCGCACGAGGCGCUCGCCUUCUUCGCCCGGCACGGGCACGCCUGCCCGCCCAGCUACAACCCGGCCGAGUAUCUGAUCGGGGCGCUCGCGACCGCCCCCGGCUACGAGCAGGCGUCCCAGCGGGCCGCCCACCGCCUGUGCGACCUGUUCGCGGUGAGCGAGGCGGCCGGCCAGCGCGACGUCCUCAUCAACCUGGAGGUGCACAUGGCCGAGAGCGGCGACUAUCGCGUGACCGACGAGGUGCAGCAUCUGGCCGGCCGGCCCCACUGGCUGCACACGACCGCCUGGCUGACGUACCGGGCGCUGCUGACGGUGGUGCGCGACCCGACCGUGCAGUACCUGCGCCUGCUGCAGAAGAUUGCGAUCGCACUGAUGGCCGGGCUCUGCUUUGCCGGUGCGAUCGAGCCGACCCAGCUCGGGGUGCAGGCGACGCAGGGCCUCCUGUUCAUCCUCAUCUCGGAGAACACGUUCACGCCGAUGUACGCGGUGCUGGCCGUCUUUCCCGAAACCUUCCCGCUCUUUAUGCGCGAAACGAAGAACGGCCUGUACCACCCGUCCCAGUAUUACGUCGCGAACGUGGCCGCGAUGCUACCCGGGCUCGUGCUGGAGCCGCUCGUGUUCGUGCUGAUCGCGUACUGGCUCGCGGCACUGCGCCCCACGAUCUACGCGUUCCUGGUGACGGCGGCCGCCGCCACGCUCGUGAUGAACGUGUCCACCGCGUGCGGUUGCUUCUUCUCGGCCGCGUUCAACUCGCUGCCGCUCGCGAUGGCCUACCUGGUGCCGUUCGACUACAUCCUCAUGAUCACGUCCGGCGUGUUUAUCCACCUGAACACGAUGCCGGCCGCGACCCGCUGGCUGCCGUACAUCUCCUGGAUGAUGUACGCGAACGAGGCGAUGUCGAUCGCCCAGUGGGAAGGUGUCAGCAAUAUAACUUGCCCCGCCGUUGACGACAAGCUGCCCUGCCUGCGGACCGGCGGCGAGGUGCUGGAGCACUACAGCUUCAGCGAAACGCACCUGGCACCGAACCUGUGGGCGAUGGUGUUGCUCUACUUCGGCUUCCACCUGCUCGGCUACCUGUUUCUGUGGCGCAAAACCAAGCGCUAGGCGCGUCCGGGCAAUCUCACCAUGUACUCGGCUUUUUUUUGGAAAUACACCAGAGCGAAACCGUGUUCACUGUGUAGCGUUUGGGGUUUUUUUUUCUUCAUUUUAUUUGUUUGUUUCUUACAGAAUUUGAAUUUGCAAAUUUGGCCAACGGAAUUUUAACGGCAAAAAAGCAAAACAUCGCACGUGGUGAAUUUAGCAAUUCGAUGUUUAGCGAUGACAAUGCAAUGAAACGAUGUUUUUCCGAGUGUGACGAGCAGUUUAUUGUUUUCUCGAAAGAACAUUAUUACAGAAUUUGAUGAAUAUUUUUGAGCGUUAGAAAUACAUUUUAUUAAUUUUCUCUCAUAGUAUUGUCAAGGAUAGUCAAAAAAGUAAGUUAUUGAGUUAGAAUGUGAGGAUGAUUAGUAUUAUUUGUAGUAGCAAAAAACAAGUAAAAAGUACGAUUAAUUAUCGAGAAUUGUAACUGUUUUGGAUUAUGCUUUUUUCUUCGUUUUUUUUUCCACUAAACAUAUGGCUGAGUUUGUGAUUGUCACCACGAGUAUUUAAAAAAUAAGAAACGAUAUCCAUUUGUUUAACCUGUUUAGGCUUAUUAGUACCCAAGUAGCCUUAAGAAACUCUAUUUGAUUAUUAACAGUUUUUUAAAGCCUUUAAAAAUCAAAUAGAGUUUCUUAAGAGAAUAUGACAUUUGCCAGCGUUACAUCAUAACGACGUAUUCCGUUACACUCGUUUUUGUUCGAUUCGGGUUACUAUAACACACAGUGUUUUUCAAAUUUUAUGUACACCAUUUCCAAUUUAUUCAA